AUGGGAAACACCCAGUGUUGUAAGGCAGUGGACACCUCCCCCGAUGCGGCGGCGGAAGCCAUGCCCAUCAUGGAGUCGUGGCCCGCGAAUCCGGGCAAACCUGUGAUGGACGUGCCGGCCGUGUCGGGGGGCAACAGCCCACAUGAGCGCAUGUACAAGGUGAGCCUGAAGAAGGUGGAAGGCCAGAAGUUAGGCCUGGAUGUGGAUUACAUGGCGGAGCGCAGUGUGCUGCCCAUUUUGGUGAUCUCUGGUGGCAUCUCUGAGCAAUGGAACAAGCAGCACCCGGAGAGGAAGAUGACACCAGGGGAUAGUGUGGUGGAGGUCAACGGUAUCCGAGGCAAUGUGGCUCUGAUGCUGGAGAAGUGUAAGGCCGAUCCGACGUUAGAGUUGACGAUUUGCAAAUGCCUCACCUUUGGUCACUUGGUGGCGGACCUCGAGAAACUGAUUUCCAUCAAAGGUUGUGGUCCCAUCAUGAUCCGCCUUUCAUGGCACGAUGCCGGUGUCUUCAACGGCACAGAUGGCUGCCCCAACGCCGCCAUGCGCCUGGCCGGGGGGGGGGAACACGCCUUCGGCGCCAAUGCGGGCUUGCCGCAGGUGGCCAUCCCCUUGUUGCAGGCCAUUAGCGACAAGUACGUUCCAAGGCUCAUUUCCCACGCGGAUCUCUGGGCCUUGGCGGCCAACGUGGCCAUCAAAGUCAUGGGCGGCCCAGAGGUCACCACGCACUUCGGGCGCUUCGACGUGCAGGCGCACAAGGAAGGCAUGCAGUCGGCCGCGGGACGACUUCCGGAUGGGGACAAGGACGCCCAGCAUCUCCGUGACAUUUUCUACCCCAAGGGUUUCACGGACCAGGACAUUGUGGCACUCUCAGGUGCCCACACUGUUGGGGCUUGCCAUGCCGAACGCUCGGGCUUCGAGGGUGCAUGGACAGACGACAAGUUGAAGUUCGACAAUGCAUACUUCAAAGACUUGCUCAAUAAGAAUUGGAGCAUGGAGACCGUGAAGUCUGGGAACAAGCAAUACCGCUGCGGCAAGACCAUGAUGCUCACCACUGACAUGGCACUCAUUGAAGAUCCCAAAUUCAAGGAGUAUGUGAAAAAGUACGCCAACGACCAAUCGGCCUUCUUCGAAGACUUCAAGAUGGCAUGGGUGCAGAUGCAGGAGUUGGGCUGUGGAAGUUUGUCAAAGUCGCAGCGGCGGAAGCAACGCCGCAAGCAAGAGAAACUUGAGCGGCGUAAACCUCAGGAACGUGAGGGGUCACAGCUGGAGGAUUCCACCUCGAAGAAGACCAAGGGUAAGAAGAUGCGAGACCAAGAGCCGGCUGGAGGAUCUGACUUCCAGAAGGCUGCUGCACCCAAGAGGAAGCAGAAAAAUGAAGAUACAGGCGUUUUGGGGAAAGCAGCCACCCGACUGAAAGGGUCAAGGUUCCGCUGGCUCAACGAGACGCUGUACACCAUGACCGGCGACGAGGCCCUGGAUCUUUUUUCGAAGGAUCCGUCGCUGGCGGAGGCCUACCACGAGGGCUUCCGCGCUCAAGCGGCCAAGUGGCCUCGGAACCCACUCGACGAAGUGAUCCGUUGGCUCAAGGAGGAGGUGCCCAGACAGCACGUGAUUGGUGACUUUGGCUGCGGGGAUGCGCGGCUCGCGCUGGAGCUGAAGGAUAGGACAGUCCAUUCCUUCGAUUUGGUGCAGAUCAACAGCAGGGUGACGGCCUGUAACCUGGCCGCGGUGCCGUUGCCGAAGGCGUCGUUGAACGUGGCCGUCUUCUGCCUGGCGUUGAUGGGCACGGACUGGACCAAGUUCGUGGCCGAGGCUCGCCGCUGCUUGAAGCUGGGUGGUGUGGAUCUCAGCAUCGGCCCUGCCCACUGGUUCGCCAUUUGGGUGAAUGAUGCUAUUUCUAUAUACCCUAUCAUCCAACCUUUAAAAUAUCCCAUGAAUAUGUAA